AAAAGUUAUUACUAAAUGAAGCAGGGCUGAAAUAGGAAAUCUCAACAAAUAAUAUACACAGUUAUAAUAAUAUGAUAAAGUAAUUCCAUGUUUAUAAUAUUACAAAAUUUAUAAAAUGGAUAAUAAAACAAUAUUUGAUUGUAAUAUAUAGGAGGGAAGUUUUUGGAAGCACAUCCUAAUCAUUAUAUAACAAAAUAGAAUUCAAUUUAAACAAAGAAUUUUCAUAUUUAUUCUGUGUAUACGAAUUAUACGAAUUACUUUGAUUCAUUCAUCAAAACUAUCAUCGUUUCGCUACUACCAAACUAUGCCUAAUAUGAUUAAGUCAAAUCAUGUGAAUGAUUUUAUGAAUGAUCGUGAUUUAAAUCAUAUUAAUUACAGUGGAAUUCAUCAAACAAAUGGAUAUACAAAUAAAUCAAAUAAUUCUACUGGACGUUAUACAAUUUUAUCAAAAUCGACAACAAUAAGAAAUGGAACAAAUAAAGGUUCUUAUCAUCCUGCUAGUCAUUAUUUUCAAUUGGAUACAACAAAACGUUCUCAUUCACAACAAAGUAUAGGAUCAAAUAUUUCUAAUGGAUCUAUAAAUAGUUACAAUGAUACAAAUAAUUCAUCAAAGAAUUCUACUAAUGGUAUUCAUCAAUUAUUAUCUCCAUCUGGUGAUAAAUUAAAUGGUAUACCUACAAAUUUAAUUAAAUAUCCUGAUAUACAACAUACAAAAUCUCAUUCAAUUUCAUCUACAUUAUUAUUACGUGAUGGAAAUUUAUUAAAACCAACAAGUGUAUAUCGUGAACAAAGUCGUUCAGUUGGUGGAAGUUUAUCUUGUGGUCAACCAAGUCCAACAUCAACUGUUGAAGAUAAUAAUACAACUGUAUUUUCACCAACGAAUACAAAUACACUUGAUAUUCAAAAUAGUAAUCGUACUAUAUGGUUAUAUCAAUCUGAAUUAAAUUUACCAACAAAUAGUGAAGAUACUAGUCUUGAUUCUAUAAUAACACCAUAUAAACGUUCUGAAAGUCAACAAAUAACUAUUAUACCAGAAUUUGAUUAUAGAAGUCGUAAUCAUACAACUAAUAAUAUUUCAUAUAAUCCAUACGUUAAUAAAUAUAAUUCAGUGAGUUCUGCCAUGUUGUACACUGGUAAUAAUACAAAUCAACGUAACAUUACAAAUGAAGACUAUAUGAAUAAUUAUGUAUCAGGUCCAAGCUUUCGUAAAAUUCAAACUCUUCAUAAUGGAAAUGCAACACAGAAACGUUUUCCAUCAGAUACUACACUUAAUUCAACAACAAGAGAAGGAGCUCAAAUAUAUACAUCAGGCAGUCGCCCUGGACCAGUGACAAUCCCUGCUCGAAGCAGAAGUGCACAGCCUAGUCCAGGUCCAAGUCCAACCAUCAGUCCUGUAACAUGUUUUCGAGCUUCUGAAAAUAAUUUGAUACCAGGUUAUGGAGGAGAGAAAAAUUCAUAUACAGCAACAUCACAAAAAAUUAAUUUAAAUGUUACAAAUGUACAACGACGUGGUUCUUCACCUUCUAGAGUUGAACAUAACAAUGUAAAUUCAUUUUCUUCUGAUGCACCAGAGGAAGACAAUGAAGCUCACAUUUUACCGUCAGUUAGAGAAAUUAUACGUCAAGUUGAAGCUAUGACACAAUCAAAUGCUGCCACAUCAACUACAGAUAUAUUUACUCUUGGUCUUAAUAAUGGAACAACAGGGAAUCAUUCCAUUCAAAAAGAAAAUAAUCAACAAUCACAAUUAUCAAAACAACGUAAAGUAAAUUCAACUAAUGAUAAUCAAUUUGCACGAACUGGUAUACUUAGACAAUGUGGUAGUAGUCAACGAACACCAAGUGCACCACAGCUUAGAACAGCUAAUUAUGGUAAUUCACAAAAGUAUACACCUAUUCAAGCAAAAUUCAAUGCAGCUGUCGCUUCAAAUUCACAAAAUACUACAGCACCUCCUGUUCCACCUCAUGGAAUUGCACGUAAUAAACCAAUUAUUGGAUCAUUUACCAGAAGAAUUGAACCAUUAACUAAUGAUUCAAAUAAACAAACAGAUUUUACAAAUGUAACUAGUGCACCGAAAAAGUCUGAACUAUUAAGCCAUCUACCUACGGAUUAUCAAAAGUUACGUGAAGCAUUUAUUGAACAAAGAAGAGAAAUUCAACGUCUUCGUAAACAAAUAGCAGAAAAAGAUUUACAAAUUGCCCAGUUAGAAGGUGAUAUACGAUUAUAUGAACCAUGGCGUUAAAUGACAAUUUAAAAAAAUAAGGUUUUAAUUAUUGGUAGAAUGAAAAAAAAAAUGAAAAAGGAAAAGGAAAAAGAAAAACGAAAACAAACAAACCACCAUUUUCUUUUACAUUACGAUUCUUCUUGUUGGUAUUAAUCAAAAUGAGCCUCUUUUUUUCCGAAAUGUUCGGAUUAUUCUAUGCAACAUUAUUUAAUAUCAUUUAGGCAUUCAAUACUACUACUACUAACACUACUGAUAAUAAUAUUAUAGUAACUAACAGUGAUGUAUGUGUGCGAUGCAUUUCUACUCAACAUGUUUAUUAUUAUUAACUUUAUACCCUGUCUACAAAUUAUCUUUACACAUUAUUAUUAUUAUGAUUUGAAGUGAACUGGAUAGAAAUAAAGUAGUAUCUUUCUUUUUAUAUGGUAUGUUGUCUAAUUGUAAUAUGCAAUCUUCUUAUUUAUGUUAAUAUCAAUUAGUUAAUCUUGUUAUUAUACGUUGUACGUAUAUACUGUGCAUACUUUCAUUUCUUUUCCAAACAUGAUUGUUGUUCCUUUUUGUUUGUUUGUUAAUCUUUAUUUCUCUCUGUUUAACCGUCUCCCUCUCUCUCUGUGUCUCUCUCUUAUUAUUGGUGUCAUUAGAAAUAUGUUAUAAUCAGAAAGGAAAAGUAAAUAGACAACUAUGAUUUGGAUUUAUUAA